UUACCUGUUGUGCAACGCUCGGACGCGAUUUCUGCGGAUCGAGCUUCACACUGGUUGACCUUUCUUUAGUGUGUUCCAGCGCUUCUUUUUUGGGUUUUCUAUUUCGCCCCUCCCGCUAACGUGUGUUUGGGCUGGUCCGGAUUAGCAGGUUGAACCCGCUCCCCAAAAACAACGCAAGUCCGUCGCAUUCAGUGAAGGCGCUGUCAUUAUGGAUACCAACGGCGAAGUGACGGAGGCUGCUCCGGUUGUUGAGAAGCCGGUCGCUGAGACUGAGGACAAGGCCGUCGACGAAGUUACCGAACUCUUCAAGGGUCUUUCGAAAAAGAAGAAGAGCAAGAAGCCCAAGGACACCGAGGGCGGUGAUGACGAGACCCCCGCCGCCGACGGCGAGUUCGACCCCUCCGCUCUGAAGAAGAAGAAGAAGAAGCCGAAGAAGGUCGACGCAGGUGAUUUCGAGGCCAAGCUCGCCGAGGCCGGUGUUGCAGAGAAGGACGGUGCCGUCGCCGAGGAGAAGGAAGAGGUCGUCCCCGAGGGUGACCACGAAGCUGGAACCGGUAUCUGGGCUCACGACGCCGCGCAACCCAUCCCCUACUCGCUGCUUGUGUCCCGAUUCUUCUCCCUCAUUCAGAGCCACCACCCCGAUCUGUUGUCCAGCGGUACCAAGUCGUAUAAGAUCCCGCCGCCCCAGUGUCUGCGUGAAGGUAACCGUCGUACGAUUUUCGCCAACAUUGCCGAUAUCUGCAAGCGCAUGAAGCGGUCCGACGAUCACGUUAUGCAGUUCUUGUUCGCCGAAUUGGGUACCAGUGGUAGUGUCGACGGUAGCCGUCGUCUGGUUAUCAAGGGUCGUUUCCAGCAGAAGCAGAUUGAGAACGUCUUGAGAAGAUACAUCGUCGAAUACGUCACCUGCAAGACCUGCCGCAGUCCCGACACCGAGCUCAACAAGGGUGAGAACCGUCUAUACUUCGUCACCUGCAACUCUUGCGGUUCUCGUCGUUCCGUCGCCGCCAUCAAGACUGGUUUCCGUGGACAGGUCGGCCGCAGAAAGAGACAGGGUUAAAUGGGUUAAUGGAAUUCUUGUCAAAGGGGGAGAAGAAUCCAUGGAGGAAGCUACUACCAUGGUGUCUUCGGUGGUAUCUUCUGGCGCGGUUAUGAUUUGUUUCCCCCGCCUUUUUCGUAUACAAAGACUUCUUCUUUCUUUUUUUCCUUAUCCUUUUUGCAUUCCAUCUCUUAUGUGAACAUGUGGAUGAUGAACGUUGUGGGAUCAAUCGAUCCA